UCCUCAUGCACCCCGGAUGAGGCCUGUCAAAUCUGCCCGCACAAGGAAGCUAAAGAGGAUGAUCAUUGGCGCUCCGGACGACUUUAUAUUACCAGGACUUUUGGAUUUUAUCAGCGCUUUUCACUCGUUGGAGAGUCUUUCGAUUUACAAAGGUGAUUUCAGAUUCAACCGUGCGGGGUCCUGGGAAGUAAGUCGUCUAAGCAGUUGAUUGGGAUGAUGCCGAAUCUGGAAAGUCUGCGGUUAGGAAAAAUGACGAUGGACCGCGGAGAUAAAGCAGGAGUCGAGGCAGCUCUCAAAGUGUACAUGGGUGCGAAUCAUCAGUAUAAGAGCGUGACACUCGACGACUGCCCCAAUCUACCAGAGAGACUGCCAAUUGUCGGGGCCAAAUUCUGGCAGGCAUUUGACGAGAUCAAGAUCCUAAGGACGUUCGCAUUCAACACCUCAUUAUUACCGACCGGCCCGGGGUUCCAAUUGACAAGCCUGCCGCGACUUCGGAAACUGGUGCUCUCUGGAUCGCUGUAUACAUUCAAUCGAUGGUUUACUUCUUUAGGUACCUACAGCACGCCGGAUAUCUUCUUCCAAUGCCUGCGCGAGCUUACUCACUGUCUGGCUCCACACCUCCUCGGAUACGGCAACGGUCUGGUCCCUGAAGCACCCGACAGCGACCCCGUGCAGGUUCCGGAGGUGGAAAUCCUUUAUCUGGUCGAGAAGAAGCCGCCUAAGCUUUUACUAAGACAAAGUUUCCAUUCACCGGGGGAGGUGGAGCCGAUGGUGACGACGAACGCGAGUAAGACUGGGUAUCUGUUUAUUGACGAGAGUCUGGCGCUGGCGAAAGAUAUUGCCGUGAAAUAUUGAGUUUGUGCUUUAGAGGAUGGACGAGCUAUAGAUUGGAGUUGCUGUGUUGUUUUUGGUAUAUUGUUAGUUGCAUUGAGCAUUUCUGUUGGUCGGACGAUGUAUAGUAAAAUACAGUCUUCUGAUCUACCAAAUAAUCCUCACACGACCGCCAUAUAUCCACUCUUCUACUGUAACUCCAAGCCCGAUUCUGG